AUGACAGAUGGGUGGGGCUUGCCCGGCGAGCUGGUAUUUAAAGAGGCUGGGGGUGCAGGAGGCGCACAGUUAAUCGUGGAAGCGUCCGCUUUACUCUUGCCUCCUCGCCGCCAGCCAGCCACCGUGCCAAGCAUUUGCCACCUUCUCUCCCGGGCAGCCUCCUUCCCCGGAGCGCAGGUCCAGCGCUGCCGCUUCCAAGUCGCAGGCUGCUUCCCGGGUUCCUCGCGCGGGGCCAUGAAGCGGGAUCCGCUGCCGCUGCACCCGCAGCAUCCUCCUCCUCCCAGCGGAGGGGAGCGCCCCCUUGGGCGGCCGCAGCAGGAGGAAGACCUGGCCGCCGCGGAAGGCGGGCCGCCCAAAUCCCCGCUGUGGGUCUUCGGCUACGGCUCGCUGGUGUGGAGACCCGAUUUCGAGUUCACGUCGCGCAAAGUGGGCUUCAUCCGCGGCUACACCCGCCGCUUCUGGCAAGGAGACACCUUCCACCGAGGCAGCGAGAAGAUGCCUGGUAGAGUGGUCACCCUCCAAGAGGAUUAUGAGGGUUGCACAUGGGGUGUUGCCUAUGAACUCCGUGGUGAUCAAAUUGCUGCUUCGCUCAAAUAUUUAAAUAUGCGGGAAGCCGUGCUUGGAGGCUACGACACCAAGCUGGUGAAGUUCCACCCCCAGGAUAAAGAGACUGAGCCUAUCCUAGCCCUGGUUUACAUUGCAACCCCGCAGAAUCCCUCCUACCUUGGUCCAGCAUCUGAAGAGGACAUUGCAGCUCAAAUAAUAGUUUCCAGCGGUCGUUCUGGCCACAAUAUAGAAUACCUGCUGCGGUUGGCAGACUUCAUGCGCUACUUUUGCCCUCAGGUAGAAGAUGAGCACUUGUUCUCAAUUGAGGAGGCUCUGAUCUCCAUCCUGCCCUACAUAUACCAACCUGAGGAGUCUUCAGUGGAAGAAUGAACGUGACUCUGCCCUCCAGAGGGGCUGAAGUAUACCUUUUUGACCAAGAACAGGAGCAAACACAACAGACACACUUUUUAAUACAACUAAAAGUCAGAUUAAUAAAGCCAAUGGGUGCAGCAGUUUUAAGAGGGGGGGGAUGCUUCUUGUCACUGGACUGGCAGUGGAAACUGGAGAGAGCCUCCAUUAUUGCAGGGCGAGAAGCUGCCUGAAAAAUCCUCUGGAAGGCUCCUAUCCUAUGCAUGCUAAUCUGGGAGCAAGUCCUAUUGCAUUUGCUGAGGCUUACUUCUGAGUAGAUUUGCAAAUGGGGUUUGAGGAAGCCAAACGGUGUUCUUUUUUCAUCGUCAAAGGGAAAAGCCAGAAGCUACAAUGUGCUUUUCUUAAAGUGUUUCUGAGGUACCCCUGGCCCCGCCCCAAAUCACCCUAAGCAGGGACUUGGCAGCAGUGUUGAAAGCUGUGAGCUUUGCUCUACCUCACAAACUGGCAGAAGAGCCACAAAUGUGUGGCACAGAGUGUCUUCUAGGUCAAAGGAGUCGGCCUCUUUCUCCAGCUUGACCUUCACUACUACGCCCAGGGUUGAGUGCAAUAUGAACUUGUAUCACCUUUCUGUAGGCUCAAAUGGGGCCAAAUUUGCUUUCGACUUGUCUUAAGUGAACAGUUAAUGCACUACUUUUUUAUAUAUAACUUGAAAGAUGUAUUUAUUGUAAUGAAUAUAUAUAUAUUUCUUGAA